AUGAAUGAGCUUGAUAUUAAUAAGAAUAAGAAGGUUCAGAGAAAAACAUAUGGAAAAAGUAGAUAUUUUGGGGAUACUUUUGAAAAUUUUAAAGUUUGGAAUGAUAUAGGAAAUUCACCAAAUUUAAAAAAAAAAGAUAAUAAAUGUAUAAAUACGCCUGAAAAAGGAAAGAAUGAAUCAUCCUUUUUGUCACGUAUAAGAUUGCCUCAGGAAUAUUUUGGAUCUUUAGUAAAAGAUGCAUCUUUUUUAUAUAAGAUAUCUGUUAAACAAAAUUAUGAGAAAUCUCCUAUAAUUAAGUUUAAAGAGCCUUUUCAGUGUCAAGAAAAUAUUAUGUUAGAUACAUUUUCGUUCAGCGGAAAGGAUGAUUUAGAAAUUGAAGAAUCUAUAAUUGAAAGUUUAGAAGAUAAUAUUAACUUAAAUAAAGAUUUUAUAAAAAAUGAAGUCAAAAAAGAGUCUUCUAUAAUAGGAUCUCUACUUUCUUUUGCAACUCAAACAAAUGUAUAUGAAUUUUCUGAUUAUAUUUCUUCACUUUUAUCUAAAUAUUCUAUAUCAAAACUUGGAGAAGCGUCUUAUAGUGAAGUUUAUCUUAUAAAAACUGAAAAUUAUGAUGAGACUGUUCUUAAGAUUAUUCCUUUUGGGAAGGAAGGUCAAAUAACUUCACAGGAAGUUUUACAUGAAGUAAGAGUUACUACAAAAAUGUCAUCAAUUGAUGGUUUUGUAAAAUCAAAAGGUUUUGUUAUUGUUAAAGGAAUGUAUCCUGAACAUCUUCUUUUUUUAUGGGAUAAAUAUAAUGAAGUUUAUGAAUCAGAAAAUUCUCGACCUGAUUCUUAUGAUAAAGAUCAAUAUUUUUGUAUUUUAUUACUUGAAAAGGGAGGAAAAGAUUUAGAACAUGUUAAUAUUACGACAUGGAGACAAGUUAAUAGAAUAUUUUGGGAUAUAGUAAAGGUUUUUUCUCAAGGAGAAAAAUUGUAUGAGUUUGAACAUCGAGAUCUUCAUUGGGGAAAUGUCUUGGUUGAUGAUAUUUCUGAUUCAUCUGAAGAUAUGUUAUCCCAACUUAGUUUGAAUUCUGCUUGUUUUUCACAACCAUGUAUUAUUAUUAUUGAUUAUACUUUUUCUAGGUUAAGAUGUGAUGACAAUAUUGGGGAGUUAACAUGGAAUAAUUUUGAAGAUCAUGAAAUUUUUGAAGCACAUGGGGAUUAUCAAUAUGAAAUAUAUAGAUUAAUGAGAGAUUAUGCUAGUUCUUCUAAAAAGAUGUGGUCAGAUUUUAUUCCGCGUACAAAUGUUUUUUGGUUACAUUAUUUAAUAGAUAAGCUUAUUCACUGUAAAGGUCUUGUACGUCCUCCAGCAAGGAUGUCAAAAAGGAAGAAUUCUAUACAACAUGCCUAUACCGAAAUAGAAAGAAUGUUUUAUGAAAGAGCUGAGCUUAUAUGGAAAAUGAUCAAUCCUAAAAAAAAAGGAUCUGAAAAAAAAUCAAUUGAAUUUAAUUCAUCAGAAGAUGUACUAUCAUGGGGAAUGAGAGAAGGGUUAAUUUAA